AUGGCGGUUGGUUUAUUUCGCUCGAAAAGAGCGUAUAACUGGUACAUAUCAACCGUCGCAGCAGCAUGCAUGGUGUUGUACGGAUAUGACGCUUCGGUAUUCAAUUCGGUACAAGGCUCUGCCAACUGGGUCGCAUGGUUCAACCACCCAAACCAGAGUCUGAUCGGCGGUAUAAACACUGCCUAUACAGUGGGCGCCAUCUUUGGCGGAUUCUUCCUCGGAGGGCCCGUGGCCGACUUUCUAGGCCGGAAGGUCGGUAUGGGAAUGGGAUGCGUGCUUGUCAUCGCUGCAACAUUCAUGCAGGCAUUCGCUCCAUAUCAUAAUAUCGCGUGCUUUAUAGCUGGGAGGUGCAUUAUCGGUGUUGGACAGGGGAUUGCUUUGACGGCGGGACCUAUCUACAUCGGUGAACUGGCGCCUCCUCAUAUUCGCGGCAAAAUCAUGACUUUGUGGCAGACUUUCUACUCAGUGGGAUCGUUCAUCUGCUUCUGGGUUAAUUAUGGAUGCACAGAGCACGCUGCCCGACUCGGUAAUUGGGAUUGGCGCAUGGUUAUUGUAUUCCAACUGUUAGUUCCCUGCAUCAUUCUUGUGCUCCUUCCUACUCUUCCAGGGACGCCACGAUGGUACAUACAAAGGCAGAACAACGUUGAAAAGGCCCGCUCCGCCCUGCAACGCGUGCGCGAAACUGAGGAGGAAGUGGAGGAGGAGCUGAAUCAGAUUCGCGGGGCCCUCGAGUACGAGAAAGAAGCCAUUUCUAGCUCCUACAGCGCACUCUGGAAAGACCGCUCCGUUCGCAAAAGAUUCCUCUUGGCUCUAGUCCUUAACGCGGGUCAGCAGCUGACUGGGCAGGGGUCGUUGAACUCUUAUUCCACCAUAAUCUACAAAAAGGUCUUCACUUCUGCCAGCCAAAUCUCACUAAUUAACGCCCUCAAUGCCACAUUCGGCAUCCUCUUCACGCUCAACGCAAUCUGGAUUGUCGACCGGUUUGGCCGCACUUUUCUUCUUGAAGUUGGUGGCAUUGGAAUGUGCAUCUGCAUGAUCAUUAUUGCAGCAGUCGAGACCGAGACACCGACUUUACCUAAUGGGGCAAAGACGGAAUCUGUUGGCAUUGCGCUGGUGUUUUUGCUCUUCUUAUUCAUUCUAUUCUACAAACCUUCCUGGGGCGCAACAGUCUGGAUCUGGACGUCUGAAGUAUUCUCAAUGAAUGUUCGAGCACAAGCAGUGGGAAUGGCGUCACAAACACAGAACGUUGCAAACACUAUAUUCAACCAGUUCUUCCCAAUAUUUCUCGACAACGACGGCUUUUAUGCUUUCUAUUUCUUCGCCGGGAUUAACCUUCUUCUUGCAGCGUUCGUGUUCUUCUUCGUCCCGGAGACCAAGCACGUCCCGCUGGAAGAGAUCGAUGUUCUUUUCGGCGGUUCGAACCACCAUACUCAGGGCGAGAACAUGCUGGUGGAGACAAAGUUGGGUUUAAGGCCAGAUAAUGAUGAGACAGUUGCCACAGAGGCCACCAAACCAGUGGCUUCUGCACAUAUUGAAGACUCGAAGGUCUAA